GGAGGAAGCGGAGGAGGAGGAGGAAGUGGAGGAGAGCCAUCAUAACAACAUUCAGUCUGAACUACAGACUCCAAGAGCUCAGUGUUCAGACCAGACGUGAUGACGUAAGGCUCCUCUGACACGUCACACGUAGGAGUGGAGUGAGCGAGGCUCCGUGUGUCCAGACCAGAAGAGUCCAGACCAGUUCAGACAGAGACAGGAGAGUCCAGACCAGAAGAGUCCAGACCAGUUCAGACAGAGACACAAGAGUCCAGCUGAAGCAUGAGGGUGUUGGUGGUGCUCCUCCUCCCUCUGGUCCUCGAUGCUCAGAUGUUCGGUUCCCUGAAGUCUCCUCACUUCCCUGACUCGUACCCCAGAGAGACGGUUCUCCAGUGGAACCUCAGCGUUCCUGGCGGGUUCCAGAUCAAACUGUCCUUCAGCCACUUUGACCUGGAGCCGUCCUACCUGUGUGAGUACGACUACAUCAAGGUGGAGGCGGAGGGGGAGGAGCUUGCGUUGUUCUGUGGGCGGGAGCAGACGGACACGGAGGCGGUUCCGGCUCAGCGGAUCAUCACUUCCCCCAGAAACUCCCUGAGCCUCCUCUUCUCCUCCGACUUCUCCAACGAGGAGCGCUACUCCGGCUUUGUGGCUCACUACAGCGCUGUGGACGUGGACGAGUGCAGCGAGCAGACUGACGAAGUCCUCCUCUGUGAUCACCUCUGUCACAACUACAUCGGGGGGUACUACUGCUCCUGUCGACACGGUUACCUGCUGCACUCUGACAACCGCACCUGUAGAGGUGAGGCUGCAGGUGAUGAGGAGACAGAAGUCUGUCCUCAUCCCUCCAGGUCUCUGAACCAUUCACUUCUUACCUGGUAGAUUACAAUUGGUAACUGAUGCUGAACAGAGGUAAAGCUCCACCUGCUCACCAAUCAGAGCUCGGCUCACGGAUCGUUAGAUAACAAUAUAUAAAUAUAAAGAUUUAAAGUCAUAAUCCAGAUUAAUAGAAACGGGCAGCUUUUCAGACAUAAAGAGCUUGAGGUGAAUUCCAGCAGCUGAACCAGAUCACUGAGCCUCUUUGUGAACUCUGGGGUUUAUUCAGGUUCAUUCAGGUUCAGGUCUGGAGAAAUACAUUUCAAUUAGAACUGAUGUUCAACUAUUCAAACCAAACAUUUACCUGAAAAAUACAUUUAUUUCCUGAAUGUAAUGAUAUAAUGCUCAUUGACCUUAAUAAAUAGUUUUUAUUCCUUUAACUUGAACAUAUAAAAGUAAUAUGAUACUUUUCUAAUUAUACAACGGUAUUAGAACAUUUACAAAGUAGACAUGUGAACGAACUAAAAGUAAAAAGUCUUGUGUGUGUAUGUGUGUAACUCUGACCUCUGUCUGACUGAUAGCAGCUGCUGAUUGGUGCUAAAUAUUUACAUGUUUCUGUGUGGAGGAGUCUCUCUCUCUCUCAAGACCCCAAUUAACUGGUGAGAACUGUGUCCCUGAAGGAAGCCAGAGUCAGGAACACACACACACACACACACA